UUUUCACACUUUUGUAAACAACAUGGCGAUUCGUGGACUGGCCCUGUUAGCCUACUGAUCAAACACUGUGCUGCUGAAGCUCCUGGUUGUAAAGCAGCGUUGUGUGACAGGCAGCGCUGAAGUUUCGGUUCUAGCUAACUGUCGAGCUCGCAUCGAAACGACAAGAAGCUGGAUUGACGAGCUGUCACGAAGACGGUCAAACGGUAGCUAAUGUUAUCGUCAGGUCGUUAGCUCAUUUUAGCUAGCUCGACAGAAAUUCGUCCCUGCAUCCUUAAUGGCCCUCAGUCUAUGGGCUCUCAGUCCAGUUCUGGGAUGUCUGGUGGAAGGGGUUCUUCCAGUGGCAACCCAGCAGACCAGUCAGAAUCAGCAGAACCGAACCAGAGCAGCAGCAGAGGCCGCAGGACGGCUGACAGGCAGCAGGGAGACAGACAGUCGGCUUCAGAGGAGGACGUUGACUUAGCUGAAGUGCUGGCUUACCUACUGAGGAGGGGCCAGGUCAGACUGGUCCACGGCAGCGGCGCCACAGGACUGCAACUGGUCCAGUCUUACUCUGACUCCGACGAGGACAGCGAUGGAGCCUGGGACGGACGGCUGGGUGACCGCUACAAUCCACCAGUGGACACCCAGCCGGACACACACGAAGUGGACUGCAGUGAGAUCCGAACUCAGAUCCUGCUGGCCACCGCCUCUUCGUCCUUGAAAGGCCGUCACAGUUUCACCCACAUGCUAACGGAGAGGGAACAGGGCAGAUGUAGAGGCUCCAGUUUUUCCCACGGAGAGUGCAGUCGGAUCCGCUCACACUUCCUGCCAAACUAUGUGUCCCACAAGGAUACGUACCAGCAGAAAGCCUUUUGUGGAGUGUACAGCGAGGAUGGCAACAUGUUCCUCUCUGCCUGCCAAGACCAGAACAUCCGCCUGUACGACACCACCAGGGGACGCUUUCACCGACGGCGAACUGUAAAGGCCCGCGAUGUUGGCUGGAGCGUGCUGGAUGUCUGCUUCACCCCUGACGCUCACCACGUUCUCUACUCCAGCUGGUCUGACUACAUUCAUUUGUGCAGUAUAGAAGGAGACAGUGAAAACCACACCGCCCUGGACCUCAAUCCAGAUGAGAGGAGGUUCUGUGUGUUCUCUCUGGCUGCUUCAACAGAUGGGAAAGAGAUUCUGGGCGGAGCAAACGACGGCUGCCUUUAUGUUUUUGAUCUGGAGCAGAAUAAACGAACCCUGAAGAUCGAUGCUCACGAGGACGAUGUGAACGCGGUGGCAUUCGCAGACAGCUCGUCUCAGCUGCUUUUCUCUGGCAGCGACGACGCUUUGUGCAAGGUGUGGGACAGACGGACGCUGCGGGAAGACAGACCGCAGCCUGUCGGACAGCUGGCCGGCCACCGAGACGGCAUCACCUUCAUCCACAGCAAGGGCGACGCUCGCUAUCUAAUCAGCAACUCGAAAGACCAGUCCAUCAAGCUUUGGGAUGUCAGGAAGUUCUCACCCAAAGAAGGGCUGGCUGCCUCCCGCCUGGCCGUCACCCAGCAGAACUGGGAUUACCGCUGGCAGCAGGUUCCCCAGAGAGCCCUAAAGAGGCACAAGCUGACGGGAGACACCUCGGUGAUGACGUACCGCGGUCACGGCGUUCUGCACACGCUCAUCCGCUGCCGCUUCUCUCCGGAGUUCAGCACCGGCCAGAGAUUCAUCUACUCCGGCUGCUCCACAGGCAAAAUAAUCAUCUACGACGUGCUGACCGGGACGGUGGUGUCCAGACUGUCGGGCCAUGAUGCCUGCGUGAGGGACGUCAGUUGGCACCCGUAUGAGGACAAACUCAUCAGCAGCUCUUGGGAUGGAGCGGUGCGAAUGUGGGAGCACAGACAAACCCAUCCUCUGGAGGAGGAGCGAGAUAAGAGAGGGACUGACGGAAAGAGAAACACAGCGAGAGACGAAGAAAAAGACGCCGGAGGGAAUGACAUCACCGCAUGAUGGAGGGGGAGGAGAGGUGAUGCUGGCCCUGGUUGGAUGAAGCUCAUAAGCUCCAAACUGAUAAGACUUUAAUAUGUUUUAAAUUCAAUGCUGGAUAUAAAUGAUUAUAGCAUGGCUGUGAAUUAUUUGUUCGGAAGGCGUUCAGGCCUCUCCAUGUUGACAUUAGAGCACAGUGGGACAGCUUCGGCCUUGUUCUGGCUUUCUUUUGGUUUUAGAAGAGCUGGAGCCGGUGUUUUUCGGAUCUGGCCUGAAACACAGGCUGGAAGCGCUAAACUCUGCACCUAAUGUGCUUUUAAGAUAAAAAUGAGUUAGCUACACUAAGGAAACAAUGUUGGAUGUUGCAGGGAGAAACGUGAUGGUGAUAACUCUGUAAACUUGUAUCAUAUUUUAAUGGUAUGUGCAUUCAGGGGAUGUUAUUUAGGUAGUCGUCCGUGUGCUGAUUUGGCAUCCGUUUUGCCUCUGCUGUUAAAAAUAACACAAGCUGUGUCCCAUUUAAAGUUCCCACUUAGCGUCUGAACAUAUCCUUGUUUUCUAGUAGCCUGAAGUCACAACUUCUUCACCUGAUUGUGUAUUUUUUUUCCCCUGAUUUCACCACCAAUCUCUAAGGUUUUCAGCUGUUCCAAGGCAAAUUUUUGGUUGAUUAUUUUCUAUUAAGAAAAAACCCAGUGAUAUGUCUAAAAAGUUUGGAAUAUUUGUGAUACUAUGAUUAAACAAGGACUAAAGACCUACGUAUUCUAACACACACACUUAUCUGUAUAUGCAAAUUUUCAGGUGUUUAUAUCUUUGCCCAUGUUUAACAGACUGUUUUACAGUAACAAUUAAAAAAGAACUUUCUUUAAA